CUAGGAGGCGGGGCUAUCCGCUCCUUCCUGUCUCAGGCUCGCGCUUGUGUUGCUUCCGGUUCUGCACGUGUGAUUUUGUUUAUAGGAAGUGUCAGUCACACGGCGCCUGUAACAUGAAGAUCAAGCGGCAGAAACACGCCAAGAAAUACCUCACCUUCUAGCGCUUCAACUUCGGGGUCCGGGAGCCCUACCAGGUGCUGUUAGAUGGUACAUUCUGCCAGGCCGCCCUCAAGAACAAGAUUCAGAUCAAGGAGCAGCUGCCCAAGUACCUGAUGGGAGAAGUGCAGCUCUGCACCAGCCACUGUGUUAUAAAGGAGCUGGAAUCCCUGGGCAAAGAGCUCUACGGGGCCAAAUUAAUCGCCCAAAGAUUUCAAGUGAGGAGCUGCUCUCAUUUCAAGGAUCCUGUCAGCGGCUCCGCAUGUAUUUUAUCUUUGACUGCAGACGGCAACCCUCACCAUUAUUUCAUCGCCACUCAGGAUCAAGAACUGGCAGCGAAAGUAAAGAAGAGGGCUGGCGUGCCCCUGAUGUUUAUCAUUCAGAACACCAUCGUGCUGGACAAACCCUCCCCUAAAUCUCUGGCCCGUGUCGAAGCUCUGCAGUCCAAUCAGCUGGUGCCGGAGCACCAGAAACACAGUAUCAAGCACCUUAAACAUGAGCAAGGGGUUGCAAAGGACUCGGAACGCAAAGGAAGGAAACGUAAACGACUGAAAGGCCCAAACCCACUCAGCUGCAUGAAGAAAAAGAAGAAAAUCCCUGAGCAGCAGGCGGCAGCUUCUACUUCCAGCCAAACAAAGAGGAAGAGGAGGAGAAAGAAUGGAAAAUCCGCAGGAAGUGAAUCCAUGGCAGGAAGCGGAUAGGAUGUGGUGCUGUGAGACUUCCCUACGUUGUACAGUUUUAUUUUGUAUUAAAACCGGAACUAUU